GAGAAUCUUCCAUGGUGAUGUAUGCGUGGUAGGUUCCUUGUUGGGAGGUUGAUGAAAUGCUAUUCAACCGUGCAACCUAACAAAGUUGAAUAAAAGCACACCUUCAAAUAGAUACCAAGCUUUCGUUCACAUAAAUACCGGUCCAAGAAAUUACUCUAUAUUUUCUUUUGGUUACCUUUCCUUCAUUCAAUGCCUUUCUAGCCGCUCCCUGGCACAACCGCCAUGAAGAUCAACCGCCUUUGCAUCAUCUUGCCAACUGACUUGGAUGAACUCACACCAUAUGACCACCCCAAGGUCCCUCCACGUCCACCUCCACCUGCCAAAGCAAAGGUGAAAAAACACCACCACCAUGGAUGCGGACGUCAAGUUCUAGCUUUCUUUGGGGAUUCACUAAGCCGAUUGUAUGACUCGAAAUGGGUUGGUUGUUGUCAGCCUGAUAAGCCAAGGAAACAACAGUCUGGUGCGUUUUACGACCUUGACGGAAUCCAAAUGUCUGAGAAGGUUGGUGGUGACAAUCCGAGAAUUUUCAGUUAUUCUGAGCUUUUUAUAGGUUCUAAUGGUUUUAGUGAAGAUGAAAUUCUUGGGAGUGGAGGUUUUGGCAAAGUCUAUAGAGCAGUUUUACCUAGUGAUGGUACUGUAGUUGCAGUGAAAUGCUUGGCUGAGAAAGGGGAACAGUUUGAGAAGACUUUUGAAGCCGAGUUGGUCGCUGUGGCUCACCUACGACACAGGAAUCUUGUCAGGCUAAGAGGAUGGUGUGUUCAUGAAGACCAGUUGCUUCUGGUUUAUGACUACAUGCCCAACCGCAGCCUUGACAGGGUCCUUUUCAGAAGGCCAGAAAACUUGACAGCAGCACCUCUUAAUUGGGAGAGGAGAAGGAAAAUAAUUGGUGGCCUAGCAGCUGCACUACAUUAUCUUCAUGAACAAUUAGAGACUCAGAUCAUUCACCGGGAUGUAAAGACGAGCAAUGUGAUGCUUGACUCCCACUAUAAUGCUCGGCUAGGGGACUUCGGGUUGGCGCGGUGGCUGGAACAUGAACUUGAGUACCAAACCAAGAUACCUUCAAUGAGAAACCGCCAAUUUCGCUUAGCAGAGUCAACUAGAAUUGGUGGCACAAUUGGUUAUCUGCCACCUGAGAGUUUCCAGAAAAGAAGUGUGGCUACUGCAAAAUCUGAUGUUUUCAGCUUUGGAAUUGUUGUGUUAGAGGUGGUGUCCGGGAGGCGGGCUGUGGAUCUCACAUAUCCAGAGGAUCAGAUCAUUUUGCUUGAUUGGAUCAGGAGGCUAUCUGAUGAGGGGAAGCUUUUACAAGCCGGGGACAAUAGGCUCGCAGAUGGGUCCUAUGCACUCUCUGAUAUGGAACGGUUGAUUCAUCUCGGGCUCCUUUGCACCCUUCAUAUCCCUCAACUUCGGCCCAAUAUGAAGUGGAUUGUGGAAAUACUUUCCGGAAACAUUUCAGGCAAAUUGCCACCGCUCCCAUCAUUUCAAUCCCAUCCUCGGUACAUAUCUUUAUCAUCCCCAUCUAAUACUAGCACAAGUAACACCAACACCACCAGGUCCAUCACCUCCACCCCCAGCUCCAACACUACCAUCACAUUCACUUCUUCAACCUUUGUCACAGCCUCUGGAGAAAGUUUAUAUGCAACUGCAGAAUUCGGAACCAAUGACUUUAGUUCUUCUAACAAUAGAAAUCAUCGACGAAGCACACAUUUCAUGGUGGAAACUCCAAGAGAAAUAUCCUACAAGGAAAUUAUUUCUGCUACAAAUAAUUUUGCUGGCUCACACAGGGUAGCAGAGGUGGACUUUGGAACUUCUUACCAUGGCAUCCUCGAUGAUGGCCACCAAGUUUUGGUUAAGAGGCUUGGCAUGACCAAAUGCCCUGCAAUCAGAACACGAUUUUCAUCUGAACUUCAAAACUUAGCUAAGCUCCGCCAUCGAAACCUAAUACAGCUCCGUGGAUGGUGCACCGAGCAAGGAGAAAUGCUUGUUGUAUAUGAUUAUUCAGCAAAUCGUCUACUAAGUCACCUUCUUUUCCAUCACGAUAACAGAGUUGGUCAUUCUAUCCUGCAAUGGUGUCACCGAUACAACAUCGUCAAAUCACUUGCUUCUGCCAUUCUUUAUCUUCAUGAGGAAUGGGAUGAACAAGUUAUCCAUAGAAAUAUCACCUCUUCCUCUGUCAUUCUUGAUCCAGAAAUGAAUCCACGACUUGGUAACUUUGCUCUAGCAGAAUUCUUGGCAAGAAAUGACCAUGCCCAUAAAGCAGCCACCAAGGGAAAUAAAUCAGUUCGUGGGAUUUUUGGUUACAUGUCACCAGAGUACAUGGAAUCUGGCGACGCAACCCCAAUGGCUGAUGUCUAUAGCUUUGGUGUGGUAGUGCUUGAGGUGGUCACUGGACAUAUGGCAGUAGACUUCCGGCGACCUGAGGUGCUAGUGGUCGAUAGAGUUCAAGAGUUUGAGGCACAGGAAAGACCGCUGGAGGAGCUCGUUGAUAUCAGGUUGAACUGCGAGUACGAUCAUAAGGAGCUGACGAGACUUCUCAAUUUAGGAAUUGCAUGCACUAGGUCCAACCCAGAAUCAAGACCAAGCAUGAGGCAGAUUGUAAGCAUUCUCGAUGGCAAUGAUCAAUUCUUCGUGGCAGCAGAGCAAGAGAAGGAAAGUAGAGCGGGAUGGAAACAAAAGAAUGCUUGUUCCUUGUCAUUGAUUAGGAGAAUCCAAGCUCUGGGGAUACAAUGAGCAAACAACAGUAACAAACAGAUAAAAACUGCUAGGUUUUGAGGCAGUUAAAAGUUCUUUUUUUCUUUUUGUUCUUUCUGUUUUUGUAACCUCUGUAUACUACUCUGUAGAUGCUUUAUUUUACAAUAGAUCUGUGUUUGUUAAAUAUA